AUGGCCACAGGGGGCGCUGUGCUCGACCUGACAGAGGACCUGACAGAGGACCUGACAGAGGACCUGACAGAGGACCUGACAGAGGACCUGACAGAGGACCUGACAGAGGACCUGACAGAGGACCUGACAGAGGACCUGACAGAGGACCUGACAGAGGACCUGACAGAGGACCUGACAGAGAACCUGACAGAGAACCUGACAGAGAACCUGACAGAGAACCUGACAGAGAACCUGACAGAGAACCUGACAGAGAACCUACAGCUUUAA